UGUUCGAGACAGGGGGGGGCUGGGCUGACACAGGCAGGAAAUAUGUGGCCGAUGUGUGCGUCAGUGUGUGUGUGUGAGAGAGAAGGAAUUUGUGUGUUUAGGACGUGACCACUUUUCUCCACUCCUUGCCUUUUUGAUCCUGAAGCCACCUUCGAUUCCAAGCAUGCUGCCCUUCCAAGCUGUGGCAGGUCAGUUCGGUCCAGAGGUCCGAGUGCCGGGCCUGCGCGUGUGGAGGGUGGAGAAGAUGAAGGCGGUCCCGCUGCCUCAAUCCGAGGUGGGGGUGUUCUACAACGGCGACUCCUACCUGGUGCUGGAGAACCGCGGCGAACUGGGAGCCGACCUGCACAUGUGGAUAGGUGCGAAGUCGUCACACGACGAGCAGGUGGCGUGCGCCAUGCUGGCCAUCCAGCUCGACAACUUCCUGGGCGGAGACCCCGUUCAGCACAGGCAGGUCCAGGGUUACGAGUCCCACGAGUUCAUGGCGCUCUUCCCCAGAGGUGUCACCUAUAAGGACGGAGGUGUGGAGUCGGGGUUCCGAAGGCCUCGGGGCUCAGGAACGGCGGUGCAGCGCUUGUACCAGAUUAAAGGGAAACGCAACAUCCGCGCCAAGGAGGUGGAGCUGUCCUGGAAGAGCUUCAACAAGGGCGACUGCUUCAUCCUGGACCUCGGAGAGGUCAUCGUGCCCUGGAUCGGCUCGCAGGCCAACGUCUUUGAGAAACAGAAAACGCGGGAGAUCGCCUCGCUGAUCCGAGACGCGGACAGACACGGUAAAGCUCGCAUCGUGGACUCGAGCGAGGGGGAGGAGCCCGCCGAAAUGCUUCAGAUUUUGGGUCCCAAGCCCGAGUUGCCCGAAAGCACGGCGGAGGAGGACAGCAAGGCCGACGCCUCCAACGCGGCCUCCCUCUACAAGGUGUCCGAUGCGACCGGCGCCAUGUCACUGAGCAAAGUUGAGGCGAAGAGUCCGUUUGCCAAGGAGCUGCUGCUUCGGGACGACUGUUUCAUUCUGGAUAACGGCGCCAACGGCAAGAUUUUCGUCUGGAAAGGUGUCGGGGCCAACGCCAAGGAGAAGCAGGCGGCGCUGCAGAUGGCGGACAAGUUCAUCGAGCAAAUGAGCUACCCCAAGAUGAAAACGCAGGUGGAGAUCCUGCCACAGGGGAAGGAAACCGUCAUGUUCAAGCAGUUUUUCAAGAGCUGGAACUAACAGAAGUGGGGGGGGGUGGGGGGGGACAUUUUGAUUAAAAUGUACAUAACACACAACAUGUAAGGAACAGACCAUGUUUCGUGAUGCCACUUUUAUAAAUGAAAAAAUAAAAACAAACAAUCUGAAA